AUGUCUCCAAUCUUGCGCUCUGUCAUAGUCGCCACUGCUAUUGCUCUGUACCUGCCUAUCGUCUCCGCCAACUACGCAGGCAGCUGCCAGGAUGAACACCUCGACGGCCAGAACUUGGUCGCUACCUGCACCGCUGACGACGGAUCGCAGGUGAGCUCGACGCUCAACUUGGAUGACUGUGUGGCAAACUAUGGCGGCACCCUCAACUGCGUUCCGAGAGGCGAGUUUUCCUACUCAUGCGAUGUCGCAUCAUGUGGCUUGACAGGCGGCGAGUACAUGGAGUGCUACUGUGGUAAUGGCCAAAGUGGCCAGACCGCGUCCAUUGUCGAUCUAGCUUACUAUAUCUACGGAGGUGCUUUCUACAGUCUUGUACUCCUACGAGCCCUGAACCUUCCGUAUGUGCUUCGAAUGGACUUGCAUGUUGCGUGA